CUUUUUCGUAGGCCAGAUGACAACUCCCAUGCUUCAUUAUGUUGUUCGUUGUCAAAACACUCAAAUGAGAUAUGGUAAACCAACAGAGAAUGGUUAUUAUGAGAAACUAUCCACUGCCUUUCUUAAGCUAAGAGGAUCAGGUCGCUCUUGUCCUGGACUGUAUAAGCCUAAAUUGGUGCUAGAUGCUGCAAAUGGUGUUGGUGCUGCUAAAGUAGAAUUAUUAAAGCGUCAUUUAAAUGAUGCUUUGGACAUAGAGCUGAGAAAUGAUGGCAGUGAUGGCAUAUUAAAUUAUCAAUGUGGUGCUGAUUAUGUCAAGACUCAGCAGAAAUUUCCUAUAGAUGUAUCAGUUGAACCUGACUGCCGCUAUGUAUCAUUUGAUGGAGAUGCUGAUCGAAUUGUUUAUUACUUUAUUGAUAAAAAUAACAAAUGCGGCUCUUAUAGGUAGGGGGUGACAGCGGCAGGCCUG